AUGCAAUAUGAACCUUCAUCUGAUGACAAGCAGUUUACAGUUACAUCACAUAUUUUUCCAAUUAGGGGAACAGAAAUUCCCUCCUUUUGGGGUUUGGUGAACUCAGCUUGGAAUCUUUGCUCUGUUGGAAAAAGACAGUCACCUGUCAAUAUUGAAACCAGCCAUAUGAUUUUUGAUCCCUUCUUAACUCCACUUCGCAUAAACACAGGGGGAAGAAAGGUCAGUGGGACAAUGUAUAAUACAGGGAGACAUGUAUCUCUACGAUUAGACAAAGAGCAUUUGGUCAACAUCUCUGGAGGACCCAUGACAUAUAGUCACCGCUUAGAGGAAAUCCGGUUACACUUUGGAAGUGAAGACAGCCAGGGAUCAGAGCACCUACUCAAUGGACAGGCUUUCUCUGGGGAGGUUCAACUAAUCCACUAUAACCAUGAGCUGUAUACAAAUGUCACAGAAGCUGCAAAAAGUCCAAAUGGGUUGGUGGUAGUUUCCAUAUUUAUGAAA